AUGACACAAAGCCUGCAGGAAAAGUUAUACAAUGACUGGGAGGAACAAAAAUUGACAGAAGAUGUCGACUUUUUAGUCAGCCAAAUGGAAGACAAAGAAACUCAGCUUUAUCAGGUAUCGUCCCAGUGCAGUCGGGGACUUGAGAACAUUGGAUCAAUGAGAUUUGUCAAACCGGCAUUAAAAAAGAAAUUGAGCGUGAACAAAGUUUCAGACACCUCUCGUUCAUUGGUCGGCCGACGAUCAGUUGGACGUCGUCCAGUUGAUUUCCGGCAAAAACCAGUUGGUGACGUUCGAUGCCUCGAUAUGCUGCCAACGAUGAGCGGCGUCGAUAGCGCUAUUCACAGCAUUUUCGGCCAAAUGAAUUCAAGCGGAUUGUAUGUUUGCAAUAACGUGAAAAUGUUUCGUCAACAUCUUGCAACAUUCAUUCGGCAGAAUAAAACAUCCCCAACAUACCCUAAAGAACCAUCAAACCGAAUCGAAUUGGUAAAAUUCACCCGCAAAAAGGAAAAGCAUGACAAAGUUUUGGCUUUCGUCAAGCAGUUUGUACUCCGCGUGCAAGAAAGCAAUGCAUUGGAUUAUCCCGUAGCCUUUGACAUGAAAAAUGCUUAUUUCGAGUUUCGACGGACGAACAGCGAGGAAAAUGAAUUCCUCUGGCAAAACGCGUCAGAAUGUCAAAAAUUAUUUGAAGAAUACGCCAAGUUCGUUGAGACACCGUCAAACUCAUUGGAAUUGUCUGAGGUGGAAAUACUAGCAAUCAUCCAUGCCAAGACCAUCCAUGUUUACAACGAUCAAUUAUCCUCAUUCACGCACAAUGAAACCUUGAAUCCUAGCAGUUCCAACAAGCAAUGUAUUCUUCAUCGCGGACACGGAGAAUGGCAACGAGUCGAGCCCAAUAUAAUGAUGGAAAAUUACUGUGAGCAAAUUGAUGAGGCCUUUUUUGAAUAUCAGCCCAUUCAAACUCAUUACUUCCGCAAAUUCUUAGACCUCCUUAAAAAACAUGGAGCUAAGCAACAGGUCAUUGAUUCUUUGAAGACGCUCGACCCUGAAAACGGUGACACACCAGAUAAAUUGUUCCAAUUGCUUUUGAAAACCUUCCAGGAAAAUGAAGAAAGUGGCGAAAAUUUAAAUGUGAAAUUGCUAGAUGAAUAUUCAAUCGAUCUCUGCUGGUUGGCUGAAUGGAUAGCCGAGCACAAUAAUCGCAAUCUCAGUCCCAUCUUCUACUUGAAUAUUAUCAACAAUGUCUCACCCGUCGACUGGAGAUGCGAUUUUGUUAUGCUUGAAAUUUACGACCGAUUUUCUCAUGCGGUUUCUGAUAUUAUUGCAAAUAGCGAUAUACAACACUGGUUGUAUAAAAUAGCCGUUGGAAUGCCAUCUCUGGUUCCUCUAUUACGAAAAUCGGUUGCCACAUCCGACAACUGUGCUGCGUUACAGCCGCAGAAAUUGUUGCGGCUCAUGGAAUUGAUAGCAACGGAUUUCGAACAAGACGACGGGAUCACAAGUCAGCAAUUACCGGAGCUUGAGCUACUGCCUCUCAGCGAUUGGUAUCACUUUUUAAAAAGCAAAAUGUGGGAAAAAAAAGUCAAUCGGCUGCCCAUCGGUGAAUCGAGUUCUCCAAAAGAGAAUAAAAAACUCAAGAAUGAGGCCGUUUACAUGUUACUGGAACUCGAAUUCAAAAACAACAAAGACUUUUGUGACGAGUUAUUAAAAAAGACUGUGGACUUGAAAACGGCCGUUUUUCUUUUGCAAAACAAUCUGUAUCCGGGAGUGACUCCUAGCCAAGAACAUAACGAAAGAAACAUUGACGAUAUUAUAAACAAGAUGAAAAAAGACGCGCCAACGAAUGACAAGUUAAUCAUAACAAAGGUAUAUCCCCGGACAUUGACUGAUGUGCAAACAAAAGUGAAGGAAUCUAAAUCAAUGUCAGAUCAAAUGAAAGAAUCUGACGAACACGAAUCCAAGCAGCAGGAAAGAAUAAAGAAAUUGAUCAAGCAAUGGCAGACAAAUGGUUUAGAACUCAACGAUAAUAAGUCAAUGGUCGAUUUUGUCUUUGUCUACGACUACGCCGUACAAAAAACAUGUACAAAGGAUGGAGACAAACAAAUAUUCCGACUACGGGACACCCAGAGAAUUACGAUCAUGACAUUGCUGACAUCUGAUUACAAAAACACGUUAACACAAGUAUCAACCGGUGAAGGUAAAUCGCUUAUCGUCACUGGUGUCGCAAUCGCAUUCGCCCUUUGUCGAAACGAAGAUAAAAAGAAUAAGAAAAUCGAUGUUAUUACAAGUAAUGACGUCCUGGCUCGCCGUGAUUCUACGCUGUCGGUGGCCGAUGGUGGACUGCGAAAUCUUUACGAAUAUUUCAAUGUCAGUGUGGCAAACAAUUGCAGCCAAUGGGUGGACGAACGAACACAAGCCUACAAUGCAGCAGUCGUUUAUGGACAAUUGGCCAAUUUCCAGCGAGAUUAUUUGCUGGAUGAAUUCUACGGUCAUAGCAUCCGAGGUGACCGCACCAUGGACCUUGUCGUUAUUGAUGAAGUCGACUGCAUGUUGCUCGAUCGCGGUAACAACACGCUGUACCUAUCGCACGACAUCCCUGGUAUGGAGAUGCUCGAGUCUCUUUACGUUUUUAUUUGGGAAAAAAUACGCAGUUCUUCCAUCGGAUCGGAUAAAUUCAACAUGAAGGAAUCCGUUAAAUCAGCUGUUCUGUACGACCUCUACGGUGCUAUAUCUAAAGAUGAUUUAGAAUCGAUUCACAACCCAUUGAAGGACCAACCAUCGGAAAAGAAUGCGCUUUGGGACCACUUAAUUGAAACAAAAGUAAUUGACCCACAAGGACGACUGUUGAUGGAAGACAAGAUUGAAACCAUCAAUUUCAAACCACAAUUGGAUCCCAAGAUUAUCUUUUAUCUCCGUAACGUGUCGAAACGCGAGCGGAAUAUUCGAAUACCUGAGCAUUUGAUGUCCUUUGUCGAUCGUCAUCUCGACAAUUGGCUGGACAAUGCCAUGCAGGCCCUGGAACUCAAACGAGACGAGGACUAUGUCGUCGAUCAAGACCGAACAGACACCAGCCCAGAUCUCCAUCCUCAAGUAAUUAUAAUUGAUCAGGACACAGGGAUGGACCAGAUCUCGUCGCAGUGGGAUGGAGCACUGCAUCAAUUUAUUCAGCUAAAGGAGGGAUGCAAAUUGACGUCACAAAAUCUAAAAUCCAUUUUCAUUUCUAAUGCGACUUACAUCCAAGCUUAUAAAAAAGCAGCUGGCGUUUCAGGUACGCUGGGAUCUGAAACAGAACGACAAUUUAUGCAUACCAAAUACAAAAGUCUUCAGUUUGUCAUCCCAACAGCUUUCCAAAAAUGUUUCUACUUGAAACCAACGCAAGUCUUUAAAUCAAAGGACCACUGGCUCCAUGCCAUCGUCAAAGAAACACAACAGAUUAUUCAACCUGAAGAUCAAGCUAAAGCUCGUUCUCUCGUCAUCUUCUGUCAAUCAAUCAAAGAUGUGAACGUUAUUCGCCGAUACCUUAAAAAUGCAUUAGGAUCAAAACUCAAUGAUAACCACAUCCAUUGCUACACACGUGAUUAUGAAAAAUUUGCUUUCGAAGGUAAAUCACUUGAAAUUGGUCACGUGAUUGUCGCCACCAACUUAGCGGGUAGAGGCACGGAUAUCAAAAUAAGCGAGGAGUUGAGAGAAAACGGAGGUUUGCACAUUUGUCUAACUUUUCUGCCAAAAAAUGAGCGAAUUGAAGAGCAGGCGAUGGGACGUUCAGCUAGAAAUGGAGCACCCGGAAGUGGAACCUUCCUCCUAUACGAAGAAUCGCCAACAGGAAAGAAGUGGGAUGCCGGAAAAUGGUUAAGCAUGAAGGAGGAGCGUCAAUGGAGAGAAAAACAACGGAUAUCCCGUUUGCAAGAAGAUUUCAGGACAAUGGAACACGAGCAAAAUUUUUUUGACGAAUUGUCUAUUUAUUACACUGAACUAAAGCAAGAAUUAAAAAACCAAAAACGUGAAGAUCAGGCAAUUAAGACAAUCUGCGAUAGUGUACUUGACAUAUGGGCUUUGUGGCUUGACCAAACAGAGGAUCAUUUGAAACUGACUUAUUCCUAUCAUCACGAUUUUCUCAAACAUUUUCGGACUGGACUUGGAUUGCCAGAUAACAACAUGACUGACAAUAGUUGGAUGACGCCAGUUCGAUCUGUCACCCUGGCAAAACAUCUGGCUCUGCAAAAGUCAUCGCUGUCCGAGGCAAGUGAAAUUCUGAAACGAGUCAUUGACUCAAGGGACAGUGAUCUGUAUCCGGCUGCUCAUUACUACUUUGCUUUCGUUUUGAUUCAAGAAGAUUUUAAAGAAAACAGACCUAAAUUUAUUCAAAUUUUGCAAAAUUGCGAAACUAUUUUGAGCAACAACAUAGACAUGCACUUGUCCUUUUACCGCAAAGUAGCUCUUGCAACACCUGACCAAACCCCGUCAUUCUGCGUCGUCGACGCCUACAAACAACAAAAAGACAAUAUCGUGAAAAUUCUGGAAUAUUUUAUCGGCUCAGCCCGAGCUCUAAUAGGCAGCCAUUACUGUUCAGCCUCUAAUCUCAAGGAAGCUGGAAAGGAAGAAAAAAAAGAAAAAACUUUUCUUAAGAAGGCUGAAAUAUUCCUACAAAAUAUCAGAUUAGAAUUUGUACGUUUCCAGAAGGAAAGAAAAUCAAAGUGUAAAUCUGAACAAAAACGUAUAAUUUGCCCUGAGCAAGCGGACAAAUUGUUUGAAUUAUUGGUAGAAAAAAAAUGCAUCACCUGUCGGCUCAACGACACCGAUACAAUCCCUAAUAGGGACGCUAUCAUUCAGCAAGUAGCCAACGAACACGGAAUCAAAAAGGAUCUGAAGGACAAAUUGGAGUCUGUAUUUAGGCAAAAUUUUACAGAAAAGCAGGUGGAGAAAAAUCUGAAAAAAGAAAAUCUGAUCCCGUGCACAAGAAAGGCGUUCUGGGAGGAGCUGAGGAAAGAAGGUGCAUUACAAGCGGUGAAAGGUGGCUUGUGUUCUCAAAUGAAUUGCGUCAUCGUGUUGGACUCCGAAUGUGAUGUCGAACCAAGUAGUAAUCUGAACAGCAAAAAACUCAGUCGAGAAAAUCGGAUCAAAAUUGAAGACUUUCAGUUUGGAUUGGAUUCUUUUGAUCACGAAAACAACUGUCUGAACGUGUUGUAUAAUCCAAUUUACGACAACAUGAAAGACUUAUUGAAGCAAAACAAAAUCAUGUUCAGUAAACGUUACGUUAUCGAACGACUUGGCAAAGAAGAGUAUCGACGCCGCAAGGAGAAUUUUGAAUUGAAUCAAAUUGCACAGCUCAAUCUCAAUAAACUUGAAACUGUCACUUUGAAAUUUUGUGAUCCACUGGAGAAAGAUGAUUUUACGCAAGCUAAUAUUAUUUCUAAUAGCGAACGAGAUUGCGUUUGGAAGGCGUUGAUUGAUCAGCAAAUCAUUGAUUCAAAUGGCGAAUUAUCGUCCAACUACCAAAAAUUCAGCUAUCCCGAAUGUCCUGCUUAUGAGGAACCGGUCAUGCGUGUGAUUGCCAGAAUUUUCGUCGCUGAAAUAGUUAAACGUCAAUGGCUAAGGGCUGCAAAAGAUCCCAAAUGUUUGAAAGCCAUAAAUUUAUUGCCGUUAAAACCCUAUCGAGAUUUGCUUGGUGAUUUGAUGGCUGCUCACGUCAUCUCUGGUGCUCGAGUGACGGAAGAUGCAACACUCAUCGAGAAGGAAACUAAGGAAAUUGAAGAUGAAGACGAGCGUGAAUGUGUCCGGAGGUUUUUGAAAAGCCGCCAAGCUAUUUAUGCUCCUAGGAUGAAAAAAAUAUGAGAUUUUUCUUGAUCUUAUCGAAAUGGAUAUUCGAAAAAUUCCAAACACCGUGAACAUUUCUACGGAACUGCACACUUUUGACCUCGCAGCAUUCAAUCACGUUAUUGACAUCAAGGAUGGAGAAAGGUCCUGGAAGUCAUAUCUGGGAGCAACGUUCGCCGGUGUUGUUGGUGUAGCUUCGAUUGGUGUUGGAAUUUUCCUGCUUCAGGGUAAAAUGCUAUCCUUUGGAUUUAGCAAAAAUGUAUUGUUAAUGGGAGGAGCUUCAGACAUUUUGUACGCCAUAACGACUAUCCUGACACACAGCAAAUUCACUUGGGCCGAUUAUACUCGUCAAAGGCUAAGGAGUGUCAUGGGAAAAACGGAGCCAAUCGAAAUGAUCAAAACAAUUUACAAAUUAUAUGAUUCGUCUGAAAACACUGAUUUUAGAAAGGCAAUAAAUUUAGCCAUCGGUCUGGAAAGAUGGAAACGACAAAACAGAGACCAAAUAAACAAAGGACGUGAAACACUACUAUUUAGGGGCGUAGAGAAGAUUGGAUUGUUCAACCACCAAACCGAAUUACACUUUCACAUCCAACUUCAUUAUCUUUUACAAGAUUUUGGCAGCUUUAUACUCGGAAAAACUAAGAAACUUGUCACCAAAAACUUGACUGAAAUUCGAAAGGCGCUGACCCAAUUCAACGAAUUUCAUGGACUCGAAACAUCUCAACAUUUCGUCAGGGGGAAGUUGAAUAAACUAAUUUCGCAAUGGGCUACAGAAGGGCAAAAAUGGGUCUGUGAAAUCAUUGACGAAACGACUUUGAAACUAAAAGAGAUUGCAGGAGUGGGAGGAAUCCCGUUGACACAAGAAAUGGCUGAUAAAGGAAUUCGCUUUAUGGAACCGAUUUUCAAUGACUACGAGGUGCGAAUGAAAUUGAUGCGCAUCACUUUCACCUGCAUUCGCGAAUUUUUAUUAGGCCUGGAGAAUCAUGCUAAUCCAAAGGACCCCAUUGCCAAAAACCUCGAUGUUGAAGAAUUUAAGCGUUUUCAGAAAAAAAUUAUGGCUGACAUUGACUCUGAGCUGGAACAACAAGUGGAAAAUAUUCUGGACAUUUUGAGACAACAAAUUCAUCAAGUCACUUCCGACCAAAUGUCAAGGCUAGCGAAUGUCAAUUCAGAAAUGUUCACCACUUUAUCGCAUUUAAUGUAACCGAAAAUGAAAACACCAUAAUUUUCUGAAUGUAUUGCCUUACAUAUUAUAAGUGGACGGAGAACAUUUUGAAUUGAUAAAUUCUUGUUUUGUUUUUCCAAGAGUUUUAGCUUUUCAUAUGAGUGAUUCGUCAGAUGUUACAUUCCUUCUUUGCUCUUUUGUUUCUCUGACUGAAUCAGGAUUUGCUUACUCCGUCUGUUCUUCUUCUGUUGUAGGCCUAGUUAUUAUACGUCACGUCAUUGGCAAUGA